AUCUAAGGAAAACGGCGGUUUUGUAGGCAUAGCAGCAUUUUAAACAAUCCAAGGUUGUAACGCAAGGAAUAGAUUUUCCAAAGACGACGAAAAUGUUAGGCUUACAGAUUUUACUGCAUGAUUGAUCAUAUAUUAAAACACAUAAACCGUUUUUGAGGUGAUUAAAACGUUAAUGUAACUGAAUACUACAGAAAUACCAUGAAGCUAUUAAAACCUAGCUGGGUUACGCACGAUGGUCAUCCCAUUUUCUCAGUGGACAUCCAUCCUGAUGGAACACGGUUUGCAACUGGUGGUCAAGGUGCUGAUGCUGGUAGAAUCGUCAUCUGGAAUAUGGCACCAGUCACGACAGAAGAUGAUGAAAAAAAUGAAAAUAUUCCAAAGAUGUUGUCACAAAUGGAUAAUCAUCUUGCAUGUGUAAACUGUGUGAGGUGGUCUGGGAAUGGAAAGUACUUGGCUUCAGGUGGAGAUGAUAAAGUCCUGAUGAUAUGGCAACAGGGAAGGUAAGC